AUGAGUUUACCGCAGAAACCGGCUCUGAAAUCAGGCUCAGCGGCUGCAGCAGGAACCGGACCCGGCACCGGAGCGGCGGCGGCGGCGGCAGCGGUACCGCCUCCUCACCCGGCGGCGGCGGCGGCGGCGGCGGCAGCAGCAGCGGCGGCGGCGGCGGCGGCGGUAGCAGCCCCUCCUCACCCGAACAUCAGGGCCCUCCAGACCCAGGCGCCCCAACAAAUUCCUAGAGGACCUGUGCAGCAGCCUCUGGAGGAUCGAAUCUUCACUCCCACUGUCUCGGCAGUGUACAGCACGGUAGCAAGACAGCCGGGACCCCCGACCCCUUCCCCUUAUGCAGCACAUGAAUUAAACAAGGGGCAUCCAAAUCUUGCGGCAACGCCCCCGGGACAUGCAUCGUCCCCUGGACUCUCUCAACUUGUGUUCUGGACAGAUACACAUUUUGGAUGCAUCAGGACCAUCAUUGAGACCCCUUAUCCCUCUGGACAGAAUGCAGGUCCAACCACAUUGGUAUACCCUCAAGCCCCUCAGACAAUGAAUUCGCAACCUCAAACCCGUUCUCCGCCCAGCAGAACAGUGCCAAUACAUUGCACAGACAACUGGAAGAGGAGGAAGGUUUUGGAACAGACUCCCGUUUACAGGUCCUUGGCUGGAAGAGGCUGGAUAAAAUACUGCAUUUUUGCAGCGGGGCCUCGACCUGCCCAUCAUCAGUUUUUCCAGAGGCCUCAAAUACAGCCUCCUAGAGCCACCAUCCCGAACAGCAGUCCUUCUAUUCGUCCUGGUGCCCAGACACCCACUGCAGUGUAUCAGGCCAAUCAGCACAUCAUGAUGGUUAACCAUCUGCCCAUGCCGUACCCAGUGCCCCAGGGUCCUCAGUAUUGUAUACCACAGUACCGUCAUAGCGGCCCUCCUUAUGUUGGGCCCCCACAACAGUAUCCAGUUCAACCCCCGGGGCCAGGUCCUUUUUAUCCCGGACCAGGACCUGGGGACUUCCCCAAUGCUUACGGAACGCCUUUUUACCCAAGUCAGCCAGUGUAUCAGUCAGCACCUAUCAUAGUGCCUACGCAGCAGCAGCCCCCUCCAGCCAAGAGAGAGAAAAAAACAAUAAGAAUUCGGGAUCCAAACCAGGGAGGUAAAGACAUAACAGAGGAGAUUAUGUCUGGAGGUGGCAGCAGAAAUCCUACUCCACCCAUAGGGAGACCCACAUCCACACCUACUCCUCCCCAGCAGCUGCCCAGCCAGGUCCCAGAGCACAGCCCUGUGGUUUAUGGGACUGUGGAGAGCGUUCAUCUUGCUGCCAGCACCCCUGUCACUGCAGCUAGCGACCAGAAGCAAGAGGAGAAGCCAAAACCAGAUCCAGUGUUCAAGGCUCCUUCCCCAGUGCUUAGGCUAGUACUUAGUGGGGAGAAGAAAGAACAAGUGGGCCAGAUGUCUGAGACUUCUGCGGUAGAGUCCAUACCAGAGCUUCCUCUGCCUCCAUCACCAACUGUUGUUUGUCCAAUUGCUCGAAGUACAGUUGCUUCCCCCACCUCUGCUGCUCUUAGUAGCCAGCCAAUAUUCACCACUGCUCCAGAUGACAGAUGUGACCUCUCCUCCUCAAAAGAAGACGCAGUUUCUAUACCAAGCCCCACAUCUUGCACAGAAACAUCAGAUCCUUCACAAACAGAUAUAAUUGAUGAUGAUAUAUGCAAGAAAUCUUGUAGUGUAGCACCUAAUGAUAUUCCACUGAUUUCUAGUACUAACCUAAUUAAUGAAAUGAAUGGAGUUAGUGAAAAAUUACCAGCCACAGAGAGCAUUGUGGAAUUGGUAAAACAGGAGGUGUUGCCAUUGACUCUUGAAUUGGAGAUUCUGGAAAAUCCUCCAGAAGAAAUGAAAGUGGAGUGUGUUUCAGCUCCCAUCACCCCUCCCACAGUUCUUUCCUUUUCUCCAUCUCCUCCAACUCCUCCAGCUUCUCCUCCUGCACCAGUCAUUGUUCCUGCUGCUGCCACUGAUAUUAGUGCUGCUGGUGCUCCCACUGCAGUCCAGAGAGUCUUAGAAGAGAAUGAGAGCAUAAGAACUUGCCUUGGUGAAGAUGCAAAAGAGAUUCAGAACAAAAUAGAGGUAGAAGCAGACGGGCAAACAGAAGAGAUUGUGGAGUCUCAGAACUUAAGUUCAAGAAAGAGCCCAGUCCCAGCUCAAACAGCUAUAAAUGCACCAAAGAUAUGGAAGAAACCAAAAGAUCGGACCCGAACCACUGAAGAGGUGUUAGAAGCAGAGUUGGAGCUUACAGCUGAAGAGGAACUUUCCGGUGACAAAGUACUUGAAUCUGAGCAGGAUAAAAUGAGCCAAGGGUUUCAUCCUGAGAGAGACUCCUCAGACCUAAAAAAAGCGAAAGCUGUGGAAGAAAAUGGAGAAGAAGCUGAGCCUAUACAUAAUGGUGCUGAGAUUGGUUCUGAGUGUGAAGGAAUAGAUGCUAACUCAGGCUCCACGGAUAGUUCUGGUGAAGGGGUCACAUUCCCUAUUAAACCAGAAUCCUGGAAGCCUGCUGAUACUGAAGGCAAGAAGCAGUAUGAUAGGGAGUUUUUGUUGGACAUUCAGUUCAUGCCAGCCUGUAUACAGAAACCAGAGGGCCUGCCUCCCAUCAGUGAUGUGGUUCUGGACAAGAUCAACCAACCCAAAUUGCCAAUGCGAACUUUGGAUCCUCGGAUUUUGCCUCGAGGACCAGAUUUUACUCCAGCCUUUGCAGAUUUUGGAAGGCAAAGCCCUGGUGGAAGAGGUGUACCUAUUUGCAAAGUGCAGAGCAGGCAUGGAUUGCCAAUUCUGGAACAGAGCAAAGCCCCAACUUGCACUCCACUGGCGAUGUUGCACCCACCCCUGAAGAGCCUGCCUCUAGGGUUGUUGAAUAUUGGACCACGGAGAUCUCAACCUGGCCAGAGAAGAGAACCCAGGAAGAUCAUAACAGUCUCUGUGAAAGAAGACGUUCACCUGAAAAAGGCAGAAAAUGCCUGGAAGCCCAGUCAAAAACGAGACAGCCAAGCUGAGGAUCCUGAAAACAUUAAAACCCAGGAACUUUUUAGAAAAGUUCGAAGUAUCUUAAAUAAAUUGACACCACAGAUGUUCAACCAGCUGAUGAAGCAAGUGUCAGGACUUACUGUUGACACAGAGGAGCGGCUGAAAGGAGUCAUUGACCUGGUCUUUGAGAAGGCUAUUGAUGAACCCAGUUUCUCUGUGGCUUACGCAAACAUGUGUCGAUGUCUAGUAACGCUGAAAGUACCCAUGGCAGACAAGCCUGGGAACACAGUGAAUUUCCGGAAACUGCUAUUGAACCGUUGCCAGAAGGAGUUUGAAAAAGAUAAAGCAGAUGAUGAUGUCUUUGAGAAGAAGCAGAGAGAACUCGAGGCUGCCAGUGCUCCAGAGGAGAGGACGAGGCUUCAUGAUGAACUGGAAGAAGCUAAGGACAAAGCCCGUCGGAGAUCCAUUGGGAACAUCAAGUUCAUUGGAGAACUUUUUAAACUCAAAAUGCUGACUGAAGCCAUCAUGCAUGACUGUGUGGUAAAGCUGCUGAAGAACCAUGACGAAGAAUCCCUAGAGUGCCUGUGUCGCCUGCUCACCACCAUCGGCAAAGACCUGGAUUUUGAGAAAGCAAAGCCACGAAUGGACCAGUAUUUUAAUCAGAUGGAGAAAAUUGUGAAAGAAAGAAAAACCUCAUCUAGAAUUCGAUUCAUGCUUCAGGAUGUGAUAGACCUAAGGCUGUGUAAUUGGGUAUCUCGAAGAGCAGAUCAAGGGCCUAAAACUAUUGAGCAGAUUCACAAAGAAGCUAAAAUAGAAGAACAAGAAGAACAAAGGAAGGUCCAGCAGCUCAUGACCAAAGAGAAGAGAAGACCAGGUGUCCAGAGAGUGGACGAAGGUGGAUGGAACACUGUACAAGGUGCCAAGAACAGUAGAGUACUGGACCCCUCAAAAUUCCUGAAAAUCACUAAGCCCACAAUCGAUGAGAAAAUUCAGCUGGUACCCAAAGCACAGCUCGGCAGCUGGGGAAAAGGCAGCAGUGGUGGCGCCAAGGCAAGCGAGACUGAUGCCUUACGGUCAAGUGCUUCCAGUUUAAACAGAUUCUCUGCUUUACAACCUCCAGCACCCUCAGGGUCUACAUCAUCUACACCUUUAGAGUUUGAUUCCCGACGGACCCUAACCAGUCGUGGAAGCAUGGGCAGGGAGAAGAAUGACAAGCCCCUUCCAUCUGCAACAGCUCGUCCGAACACUUUCAUGAGGGGCAGCAGCAGUAAAGACCUGUUAGACAAUCAGUCUCAAGAAGAGCAGCGGAGAGAGAUGCUAGAGACCGUGAAGCAGCUUACAGGAGGCAUGGACGUGGAAAGGAACACCACUGAGGCUGACCGAAACAAAGCAAGGGAUUCUGUCACAAAACCAGAAAUUCCAACAUCAGCCCCUGAAAAGCCUUCACUGUCAGACGAGGAAAUGGAGAGGAAGUCCAAAUCUAUCAUUGAUGAAUUUCUACACAUUAAUGAUUUUAAGGAAGCCAUGCAGUGUGUGGAGGAGCUGAGUGCCCAGGGCCCGCUACAUGUGUUUGUGAGAAUGGGAGUGGAGUCCACCCUGGAGCGGAGCCAGAUCACCAGGGACCACAUGGGCCACUUACUGUAUCAACUGGUACAGUCAGAAAAACUCAGCAAACAGGACUUUUUCAAAGGUUUUUCAGAAACAUUGGAAUUGGCAGAUGAUAUGGCCAUUGAUAUUCCUCAUAUUUGGUUGUACCUUGCUGAACUGGUGACUCCCAUGUUAAAAGAAGGCGGAAUCUCCGUGAGAGAACUUAUCAUAGAAUUUUGCAAACCUUUACUUCCUGUUGGAAGAGCUGGGAUCUUGAUUUCAGAAAUAUUGCACCUUCUAUGCAAACAAAUGAGCCAUAAGAAAGUGGGAGCCUUAUGGAGGGAGGCUGACCUCAGCUGGAAGGACUAUUUACCAGAAGGUGAAGAUGUACAUAAUUUUCUCUUGGAACAGAAGUUGGACUUUAUAGAGUCUGACAGUUCCUGUUCCUCCGAAGCACUUUCAAAGAAAGAGCUCUCUGCCGAAGAGCUAUAUAGUCGACUUGAGAAACUCAUUAUUGAGGACAAAGCAAAUGAUGAACAGAUCUUUGACUGGGUAGAGGCUAACCUAGAUGAAAGCCAGAUGAGUUCACCUACAUUCCUUAGAGCUUUAAUGACAGCCGUCUGUAAAGCAGCUAUUAUAAUAGCUGACUGUUCCACCUUCCGAGUGGACACUGCUGUUAUCAAGCAGAGAGUGCCGAUCUUACUCAAAUACCUUGACUCGGAUACAGAGAAGGAACUGCAAGCACUUUAUGCACUACAAGCAUCAAUAGUAAAACUUGAUCAACCUGCCAAUUUGCUACGGAUGUUUUUUGACUGCCUGUAUGACGAAGAGUGCAGCAAGGCCAAUUUUCGCAGAAACCCCACGUGUGCACGAGUGGGAGAGGGGAAAGAGAAAAAAGGUGAUCAUGGAGGAAAAAGGUACUGGAAAAAAGUAACUUCAACCUGAGGGCGGGAGCACUAAAACCAAAAUACAUGUAUUAUUUAUAGAAAAUAUUUUCUGUUAUAAUCUUUUCUUUUUAAACGAGGACUUAUACUUUUAAAAAACACCUCUGUUUAGCAAAAAAAAAAAGUUGAGAACUUUUAAUUUAUUUUAAGGACUGCAAAUGCCAGUGUAAUUUUUUAAUUUGCAGUUUCUGUAAACAACUUGUAUAAUAGAAAAGCAGAGAAAUAAAUUUCCCUCCCCUUCAGAUGCACCUCACGUUUGUUUUAAAAGCAGAGUAGUUAGUCCAGAUUUAAGAAGGUUUGGGGUGAACAAGGUAAGAAAGAUUUUUUUUUUUUUUGGCAUCAAAUCUUUCUGCCUGCCUCUCAGCUUGCUUCAAAAAAUUGAGAAAAAAAAUCACAAUAGUAAUCAAAACAUACAUAACCUUGGAACAUAAAGAAAUGCUGUGGACCAGAGAACUCCAAGAAUUGUUUUAAAAAAAAAAAAAGUGCUACCCUUGGAAAAGUACUCUUAAUACUUUUGAAAUCUUAGAGCAACUAUAAGGCUUGUAAAUAUA